CCUAAUGUCAGGCCUUCACACGAUGAAGAAGAUGAAAACUACGGCGACAAACCCUACAAUUUUUUCCAACGAUAUCACAGUUGAAAUAUUCUCACGGCUUCCUGUAAAGUCUUUAUUGCGUUUCAAGUGCGUUUCUAGAUUUUUCAAUUCUCUUGUGUCAGAAUCAUAUUUGAUGGAUAUCCAUCGACGUCGCUCUAGGAGUACUAGCCGUAAUGAAAUCAAAUUUUUCGUGCCAGUAAGUAAAGGUUUUUAUAGUAUGGAGAUGAAGGAAGAUGGAGAAGUGUCUACAUGUAAUUUUGAUUUUUUAUACGAUCACUUAUCGUACGCUAAUGGUUUGUUCUACUUUUGGGUGGAACAGACAGAGCCUGUUAGAAUUUUCAAUCCCGGUACAAGAGAAGUAAGACUUCUUCCCCGAGUGAAACAACUUUAUCCUCUUCGCUGCCUGCGUGAAUUUUAUCUUUCAUCAUUCUAUGGAUGUUUCUAUUUUCUAGGUUAUGAACCACAAGAAAAGAAAUAUAAGAUUUUGAUGACACUUUGUGUUUCAAGAGAGUGCACGAAAAAUUGGGUUUUCACUUUAGGAUCGAAGGAAUAUUGGAGAGAGGUUAAAAGUACGGUUGAUUUUUUCCCACAUAAAAGGGGAAUUUGUAUUUGUGGAGUUAUCUAUUUUUUCGUUCACUCAAAAAGAUUCAUAGUUGCAUUCGAUGUUAAAGCUGAAAAUUUCAAAACUAUUAAAUUGUGGAAUGCUUCACACGAUGAUUACGAGCUAAUAGAGGUGAAGGGCAAAUUAGCCGUCCAGCGUUGUUUCUCUAACAACGUGAAUUUGUGGAUUUUAGAAAAUACUCAAAAGGAGGAAUGGCAUAGUCAUAUCGUUAGCUUUUCUUCACAAGUGGGGUUCGAUGCUUAUGAAAUCUGCAGUUUUUGUAAUGGUGAGAUACUAAUUUUCGUGAGCAAGUUAAGUGCUUCGACUAAUGAUCGGUUAUGUUAUUGUUAUGACGUUAGGAAUAAUAGCGGGAAAUAUGUGAAAAUUUUGUGGCCUACGGUAAAUGAUUGGAUUGACGAGGGCAUUUACACUUAUGUAGAAAGCCUCAUCCCAUUGAAAAAGAUUUGCAGUGCUCGUCACCAAAGUUAAGCUUUAAGACAUUUGGGUUUGUGGUCUAUUUAGUUUUCUCGUAUAGGGAAAAAUAAGUCUUGAAAUUCAUUAGACCUGAACAUUUAGAAAAGU